CUAAUGACAAACCGGUUUUAAGACAAAAUCAGAAGAGUAAAUAAGUUUAUGAAAAUUAGUUGUGUUUGCUUUUAUUCGUAGUGCGUGUAUGUGUGUGUAUUUAUAAAAGUAAGUUACACCAUCAGAGAUCAUCAUAUUUACUGGCAACCAAUUGGUAACGUUUCGCAGAAAAAGUUACUUUAUAUUGGCUGCGUUCCGAUAUUUACUGUCAGUACUGAAAAUCUACAGUAUAUGUGACGUAAACUGUAGAUUUUCAGUACUGGCAGUGAAUAUCGGAACGUAGCCAUUACUUUUGUAAGCAGUAAACACGAUGACACAAGUAGGUAACGUUUGACAAACAACAUCAAGCACAUUGCGAAAUCAAAUAAAACAUAUUCAGUUAAAACCAAAGUGAGUGACUUCUGGAAAUAGUCAAUUGCAUAUUGAUAAUGUUGUCAAGUAUUUUUCAUGAAAUGUGGUUCAAGCAAAUGUGUACGAGCAAAGCACGUCUUGAUGGCAAAACUGUUGUGAUAACGGGAGCAAGUGAUGGUAUUGGCAAGGAGACUGCUAGAGAUUUAUACGCAAGAGGCGCUAGAGUAAUUCUGGGCUGCAGAAAUAUGAAAAAGGCAAAUGAAGCAGUUGAGGAUAUAAAGAAUAAUCCACCAACAAGGAUCACAAAGGAUGAAUAUAAGAAUAACGUAGGCGAGCUUGCGAUUUAUUUUCUAGAUUUAUGUAGUUUAAAAAGCGUGAAAGAUUGUGCUAAGAACUUGUUGACAAACGAAGCAGCUAUUCACAUACUUAUAAAUAAUGCCGGCACGAGUGUUCCAUACGAGAAAACGGAGGAUGGACAUGAAAUAAUAUUACAAGUCAACUAUCUUAGCCAUUUUCUCUUGACACUUUUACUUUUACCAAAAAUGCAAUUAUCUUCUCCCAAUUGCAGAAUAGUCAAUCUCUCAUCAAUCGCACAUAUUAAUGGCGACAUAGAUUUUUAUGACAUUAAUUCAGAAAAAUCUUAUACGCAAUAUAGAAGUUAUGCCCGAACCAAACUGGCAAGCGUCCUUUUCACUAAAGAACUCGCUCAUCGAUUGAAAGAGGCAAAUAUUCACGGAAUAAACGUAUACUCUUUACAUCCUGGUCUUAUAAUGACCAGCGUACUGCGGAAUGUCCUCAAUGCAAUAUUCCUAGGUACAGUUAUUGAUUUUGUUCUUAAAUUAUUUUAUAAAAAUGUUGAAGAAGGAGCACAGACAACAAUAUACUGUUCCGUGGAUGAAAAAGCAGCCAACGAAACUGGAUUUUAUUAUUCAAAUUGCGGUAUUGCGACUGCAUCUCCAAAGGCAAACGAUCGUCAAUAUGCCAAAAAAUUGUGGGAUGUAUCCUGUUGUCUUUUAAAUCUGAAACCAGAAGAAGAUUUUAUCAAGUUUUUAGAAACCGUUUCACAUCAAAUGUUUUAAAAAAUUUAUUUAAUCAUAGAUAAAUUAUCAUAAAAAUUUUUAAUAAAUAAAGUAUAAGUAGUUGUAAAAUAUAUAUCAAUGUA